CUAGUUGAUAGGUCAUACAUGGGAUGAGCGUAAUUAUUUUACGAGUAACAGUUACUAGUUACUACAAUGUAUAAUUAUACUAAAUACACGUUUGAAAGAAAUAGGAAUAAUUAUAUAUAACGUAUAAAGACCUUGCCAUACCAAGUGGUUACUUUAUAUUGGUGCAGUUCCAGAACUGCAGGUAUGAUUCAUUAAAGGGAGUUAAUUGGUGGACUUCUUCGUUAUUAAAUGGCUGAAGUUAGUGGUAGGACGCUUGGGCGAUCAUCGGGGCCUUCAAUUGAUCUUAUCUGCGAUGAAGAAGGGACAAUAGACUUUCCUUGGCUUCAGCGGAAAGAGAGAUUUGCAAAACUGUCUGUGUUUGAACAGCCGCAGUGGUUAGUAUUUCUAAAUGAAACAGGUCAUUUCGAUCUUCGUGAGAAAGUUAUGAAUGAGAUCCAAUCCAUUGAUGUUUCCCUAAGUGUUGUAGCAAUAGCCGGUUCAUACAGAACUGGUAAAUCGUAUCUGAUGAACCGAUUAGCUGGAUCAUCGAAAGGUUUUUCAUUGGGACACAGUGUCAAAUCGCACACGAAAGGAAUAUGGGUAUGGUGUGUUAUACAUCCCAAUGAAAGCAAUCACGUGUUGGUUCUCUUAGAUACAGAAGGACUAGCAAAUCCUAGAAAGCCUGACAAGGAGUAUGACCAAAAGAUAUUUACCCUUACUGUUCUAAUGAGCAGCGUGUUGAUUUAUAAUUUGAAAGGAGUCUUCGAUUCUGAUGCUUUAGACAAGUUGUCUUUUAUAACUAAGCUGUCAGCAAACAUUCAGGCUUUUAAAAAUGUAACACUCGGUCAACAAGAAACAACAGAAAUGAUUAGAUUUAUUUCUCCGACAUUAAUUCUAUGUCUUCGGGAUUUUUACCUUGAUUUGGACGAAGAAGAUAACGAAGAGAUGACAGCAGACGAAUACUUGGAAUCCUGUCUGAAUAAUGACGACAAUCCAACUGAAACUACUGAUAGUAUUCAGAAAUUUUUUCCACAUAGAAAAUGUUUCAGGAUUUCCAUGCCGGUUAUGCAGACAAAACUUAAAAGACUGGGAAGAUUAGAAGACGAAGAGCUUGAUCACGUUUUCGUAGAGGAGAUGAAUGAAUUGAAGAAGUAUGUUUACACAUGCAAGCCCAAAAGUCUACUUUCACAAACAAAAUUUGAUGGAUUAGUUUUUGUAGAGGUACUGAAGACCUAUGUCAAUGCAAUUAGACGUGGUUUAAAACUAAACGUAGAGGAAGCUUAUUGCAAUGCGUCUGUAAAACACAACACUGUAGCAGUCAAGAAGGCAACAAAGUGGUUGCAAAACGAAAUAAAGCAAAUCAAGCUACCAAUUCAAAAGAAGGAAGAAUUGCAAAGAAAGUUCUUUGAAAUACAUAAUAAAAUGAUAAGAAUAUACAGGCAGGAUUCUUGGUUAUGCGAACAGAAGUUUGAAGACUUACUUAAAGCUCAACUUAAGACAAGUUGGCAGGAAUUACGCUCUGAAAAUACAAACAGCAUUCAAGCUAGAUGCAAGGAAAAACUGAAAACGCUUCAUGAAGAAAUAAUACGGAAAGAAGACGCGUAUAGCAUUGAGGGUGGUUUCAACAUAUUAAAAAAAGAUUUACGCUUUCUGGAGGGCAACUUUUACAGCCAGAUGGAGGAUUACGAUAAAGAUGAGCUGGAGAAGGCAAUGCGUGUAUAUAAAAACAGCAUGAGGGAGACAAAAAUGGAGAUAUAUCGAAAGGAAGAAAUCAUAAAAGACAAGAAAGAGAAAGAACAUAUGGAAGCACAGUUAGAAAAGCGAUUUCUCGAAACAUAUGAAGAAUUAGACAGACAAAAAGAGCAAUAUUUAGAAAAUGAGAAACGACAACUUCUGGAAAAAAUGAUUGCUCAAAAUAAAGCUAAUACAGAUGCUUUACACGAUGCAUUGGAGGAGAUCAACAAGAAGACCUGCAUAACUUCAUAAUAGAAUCAAGUAAAGCAGAGAACAUAAGAAUAUGAAAUUACUUUUAAAGUUUCACAUUUAGUGUUUGCUCAUAUCUUUAACAAAUGCAAAGAAAAAUCGGAAAAUGAUUCUUAUAAUUGCAUUACGUUAAAAUGAAAUUGUAUUAUCUGUAAUGGUUAAAAUCUAGUGAAUAAUUCCAUUGUGUGGUUCAUUUUAAGUCAUGAAACUAGGUUUUAUUAGGGGAAAAACACGUAAAUAAACGAUCAGCAGCAUACACAGUGCGAUGAAUGCUAAAUUUAAGGACUGUCUUGAGAUUUAGAGAAGUAUAUACUUUGCAUGAGAUACUAUGUACAUAGCCACCUUAGCUUACAAUAAAUUUAAGCGGAGUUGUCUCCGUUUUUUCCCUGAUAUCUUACCAGGAUCAUUUUUUCAUCUAAAACAAUAUUUUUUCAAAGAAUGAUAUUUGAACUGUUUAUAUAUGACCGGAAUUCAAAAACAUUUUGUAGAAAUGAUCUCUAGGUGACCUUCUACUAAAAUUGCUUAAGUUAUUUUAUUUUGAUAAAAACCUGCUGCUCGGGGCGGGCUUAUUUUCCCUAUAAAAGAUAAGAGGUAAGGGUAGAUUUCUCGGAAGCACAGGGCACCAAAAACACAGCCACAGAGCCAAACAUUUGCACAGCAGGCCCACUACAAAAGAAGCUGUAAUGGAAAAAUAUUUCAGACGGGUUGCUUCAAACAUCCAGCAAGUACAUAUUGA